GUGCUAUACAAAAAAUGUUCAUGUGUGACGAUAACAAGAAAAGCGUGGUGUUGACAAAUUGUAGAAAUAGGUGGAAAGGUUUCAAGACAAGAUUAACUCGUGAUUAUUUCGUAACACAAAAGAAGAAUGAAGUAGAGCAUCCACCAUGGAAUAUAUACUCAGGAAUCACUGAAGAUGAUUGGGAAAAAUUUAAACAGAUUCGUGAAAGUGAUGAGUUCAAGGAAUUAAGUGAACAAAAUCGAACAAACCAACAAGAGAAUGAGCACCCUCAUCGCAUGGGUCGGGGAGGAUAUGGUCACGCAGACCAAGAAUACAUGCGCGCCAAAAUCAAGGAAGCUCUUUUGUCAGCACCCUCUUCUUCAGGUGCUGAAUCAGCGACAUCUACUUCCACAGUGGCUACUAGACCUCGUUAUAUAAAGUGGAUUGAUGGAAGAACUGACAAGAAGGGACUUAUCCCGAAUCCUAAGACUCGGUUGGUGGUAAACACAAUACAUGAUUUGGUGGAAAAAGAAAAGGUUGGAGAGUUUAUUCCAGUAGGAAGUCAUGACAUUUUGACUGAGGCGCUUGGGAAUUCUGAACAUGGUGGCCGUGUUAGGGGAAUUGCAGGGAAGGCCAAUCUCACAUCUUUUUUUAAAAGAAAGAAGCGUCGACAAAAUGAGAUAAUGGUACCUUUAAAACAACUGCAAGAAUAUGCCAAGCUAGUGAGGGACCAAACUAUAGUUGAAUUGGAAGUAAAGUGGGAGCAAAGAACAUAUGAGAUUCUGAAAUCUUGUGGUAUAACUCCACCGUGUGAUGUUGAGUUUAAGACGAGAGACUUUACCCCUCCUUUUCCAAAUAGUAGCAGUGUUCACUCUUUUGAGCCCGAUCCAUUUGUAAACACAUCAAAGGAUGAACUUCCCUGUGAGCUAAAAGUACCUGGUAAUCGGGUAGUGGCAAAAGGAGUACUGUGUAAACAUCUAAC